AUGCCUUCAUCCAAGGGAAAGCCUACUGAUCCCGAGUUGAGGGAGGAGAUUAAGGAAGAAAUCAAGCAAGAACCCAACAAGUCGGGCGGAGGAGAGGGACAAUGGGCCGCAUGGAAGGGCGCGAAAUUGGCAAAAGAAUACGAGAAGCAGGGCGGCGGCUAUGAGAAUGAGGCGGGGUCCAAGAAUGAGCCGAAAAAGGGCGAGCCCGAGAAGAAGAGCGAGAGCAAGAAGAAGGCUGAGACUGAUGAAUAG